AUGACUGCCGUAGUCGCCAUCAAUCCGAACCAAAUCUUUGAAGAUUUCACCAACGGAACUAAAACAUUCAUCAGAGAGGUCCCUGUAGCAUUCAAGACCACCACUGAACAGAAGCCUGCCCCCGCUUUCGUCCUCAAUGAUGUGAUGUUUGUAGGCCUUCAGUCCUAUGUCAAGUCUGCGUUAAAGAUACCCAAGACAGUUGAGCUAUUCAAAGCGACUUAUCCAUUCAAAGGCCUUGACCUUUGGAUCCAAGCUCAGUCGGAAUAUGAUCAACUAUACAUGAGCCUUAUUCCCAUCCAUCAGCACUGUGAGACCUUCCUUAAUGAUGGAAUCAACCCUAUGAUAGGUCUUGAGAUUCUCGCCGCUUUGCAAGAAGAAGCUAAAGAUACUAAUGAGAAAAUAUUGAAGAUUACCGAAGCGAUAAACUUAUUCAAAUCACAGACGGAAAGCGAUGCGGCAGCGUUGAAAGCCUUGAAACCUAUACUUGAUGAGAAAUUUAGCGAAAAGCACCUCGACAAUUCUAUGAAAAAGCAUAUCGAGGAGAUGCGCACAUGUAUUCGCAAGUUGAUUCAGAACCAACAAAAGAUAGUAGCGAGCCAGGAGUAUGUGAACAGCUACAAGUGGCUAUGGGAUUUCCCUGGUCUGGGAGGCCUUCUUAUUCCCUGGGCUUCUGAGGACAUGAAGGAAGCCCUGAGAAACUACGCAGCCAAAAAUGAUAAGUGUAAGAUAAUGGUAGCCCAGGGCGAUGAAGAGAGAGCUCGUCUUCUGAAGUCAAUUGAUACCGCCAGAGGACUGAUCGAGAAUAUCGAUGGUGUCAUGAAACACCUUGACGAGGCGAAAAACUCCCUAGACAAUAUCUUCAACGGCAUGACAAUGAUGAACAUGUCAUGUUCAACCCUCCGAAAAAAGCUCGAGAGUAUUGAUGGGAAUGUGAAGACCGAAGCGCACGGUUCUUCCAUGAGCAAGAUUUAUAUCAACAUGGCUGUGGCAUCGUGGAACAACGUACUAGAAGUGGCACGCUCCUUUGCUAAGCACGGCAUCAUUGAGGAAGCCACCAACACCAACACCCCUAAGCCCAAAGGUCAAGCAGUCAUCCUCGCCGCUUCUUACGGCGGACAAACAGUGACGGAUCUUGCCAAGAUGCAGCUCAACUACGGCUCCAAAAUCGUCAUCUCCACAAAUGACCUCAUCUUCCCCGACAACAUGCCCGGAAAACCAAAGUCUCUUAGCAUUCUGUAUCGAUUCCAAGACGAUGCGGAUUCCUGGCGUGUUUUUACCUGUGACACAGGAACUGGACAAGUCCACACCCUCACUGCACAGAGUAACCCUGGGGCUGAGGCGGCUUUCGGCUUCAGAAGGGAUUCGACAAGUCGAUAUAAGUUCCAUUCGGCGGUUUUUGGUCUGCGACAAAUCACCGAGAAGGCAGCCUUGGACUAUAUAAUAAGUUCAGCUGAAACAAUGGGUAUGAUGCCAGUUAGCACCCUGGCCACUUUGCUAAACUCGAGUAAUGAUUCUUGGCCUGGAAAAAUCAAGAGCGUGGCAAUCUUCUAUACUGUAGAUGGGGUUCUUGCUUGCGGAUCUGCGGUUCAGGAUGGCGGUAUAUUUUUCUAA